AAGAAGUUUAAGCGAUUUUGGAUCAAUGGUGGAAUGUGAAACGAAUAAUAACAAAUGGAUGUAUAAUGGCUAUGGUUGCUGGUGCGGAUUUGGUGGGGCAGGAAAGCCUCUAGACGGUGUAGACAGAUGUUGCUUCGAACAUGAUAAAUGCUACGACAAAGUGAUUGCUGGUAGUGAAUGCACAACAAGCGUUGAUCCAUACCUUGUGUCAUAUAAAAUUAGCAACUGCAGUGAUUGUGCGCCAGCUGAUGAAUAUAACUACUGGGACUGGAUUGGCUGGGUGACCAUUGAUUGUCGUCGUGCUAUUUGCCGUUGUGAUUCAGUCGCUGCGAAGUGCUUUGCAAGGAACGCUUAUAAUAAUCUAUUUGCUUCAUACGACAAAUCUAAAUGUUCCAGCAACGAUACAGAUGUUUUAUUUUAGUUGAAAUCGAGUAAAAAUUGAUAACUAUUAAC